UUCAUACAUGAAUUUAAGAAUUAUGAUUAAAAAAAUUAUGAUAAAAUCAUAUAUAUAUAUUUAUUUAGAUGUAUAUGUAAUUAUAUUUGUGUAUUGGGUAUAAUGUUUGGAAAAAGCAAGUUUUAAAAAUUUUAUUUUCCAGUGGAUAAAGAUAAUGGGCUGUGGUAGCACACAUUUCUACCACCAAAUUCCUCUCAUCUUGCUUUAACAGAUUCUUUCAUUCCUACUGUCUAUGAAUCCGGUCUUCUUAGCUUCUUUUUCAUCAUCAUCAUCAUCUUCUUCUUCUUCUACUAUUACCAUCUUAUCUUUCUUUCCUGUAUUGUUUCUAUGUCUCCUCGAUCUCCACACACCAGCUUACUUCAGAGUCAAACCGUAAUACCCACAUGCUUUAUUUUCUUCAUGUUUGAUUUCAGGAUUUAAGAACCCUCUUAAGCUGGAUUUGGUGUUAGAUUCCCUGUUAGGUCUGCUUGUGCCUCUGUUUGUGAUUUGCUAACUGAAAUUUCGAAUCUCUGUUGGCUGUUGAAUUUGGUUCACUAUCGCCCUCCUUUCUUCUUCUGCUUCAGGAUAACACCAAACUCUGUUUGGAUUACAAGAAAAUUGGAACACGGGUGUUUCUUUACUCUCCUUGAUUUUGGGACUUCCGGCUUUCUGAUUGUGAAGCUGUGUACCCUUUUGGCUAUAUGGUUGUCCGAAGUGAUUUUGGAAGUGUUUAGAGCUGUUCUUCUUGCUGCUGCUGCUUAUUACCACCGAAAUUUGGAUCUUUCCCUGUGUUGGGUCUAAUUGGACAGUUUCUGUAGAUUUGAUAGUACUGUUCCCCCCCCCCCCCCCCUUCUUUUUUUUUUUUUUUUUAAAUCUUCUUGAAACCCAGAAGUGAGGCCCAACCUAUCUUGGUAAAGUUUCAAGAUUAACCUGUUUAGGUUACUGUUGUUGAUGAGUUUUCUUCAUGUGUUUGGAUUUGGCUUGAAGGUGGGGCAUCUUCUUUUGAUGUUAUGUUACCGGAUUGUAUCUGUGAUUUCCAUGAACUGGUUCAAUAAUGGUGGAGUCACAGACAUCAAGCCUGGUUUGCUCGGUGAUGGAGGGAAGAUGUGGCUGAACUGGUGGGAGAAGAUCUCUGACAACAUCUGUAAGAUCCACCAUCACUACUUUCAGUAUCUAGGGUCUAAGAGAGUUAGGAAGACAUGGUGGAGGGAGCUUCUAUUUAUUUGGGUUGUUGCUUGGAUCCUCGGCUGCCUCUGGAUCUUCUGGGUCAUGAGCUGCGAAGCUACUGAGAAGAGGAAAGAAACCCUAGCAAACAUGUGUGAUGAGAGGGCUAGGAUGUUGCAGGAUCAGUUUAUUGUGAGCAUGAACCAUCUCCAGGCCAUGUCAAUUUUGGUUGCAACUUUUCACUAUGGCAAGAAGCCGUCUGCUAUAGAUCAGAGGACUUUUGCAAGGUACACGGAGAGAACUGCUUUUGAGAGGCCACUCACAAGCGGUGUGGCGUAUGCGGCCAGGGUGCUCCAUUCGGAGAGGGAACAGUUUGAGAAGCAACAAGGCUGGAACAUUAAGAAGAUGAAUUUUUUUGAGCAAACCCCGGUUCACAAGGCUGACCAUUCCACAGACAAUCUGAACCCAUCACCAAUCCGGGAAGAAUAUGCUCCUGUUAUCUUUGCACAGGAUACUGUUUCUCAUGUGAUUUCUGUUGAUAUGCUGACAGGAAAGGAAGAUCGUGAGAAUAUUUUGCGUGCAAGAGCUUCAGGAAAAGGGGCCCUUACUGCCCCUUUCAGGCUGAUCAAAUCAAACCGUCUUGGAGUCAUACUGACAUUUGCUGUUUACAAGACAGAUCUCCCUCCAAAUGUAACCCCAGAAGAGAGAAUUCAAGCUACGGACGGGUACCUUGGUGGAAUCUUUGAUGUUGAAUCUCUUGUGGAGAAGUUACUUCAGCAGCUUGCGAGCAAACAAACUGUCCUUGUGAAUGUGUAUGAUACCACCAAUCUUUCAAACCCAAUCAGCAUGUAUGGUUCCACCGUUUAUGAGGAUGGGUUGGAGCAUGUUAGCGGCCUUAACUUUGGGGAUCCAUUCAGAAAGCAUGAGAUGCGAUGCAGAUUCAAACAAAGGCCACCGUGGCCAUGGAUGGCAAUAGCUACUUCAGUUGGCAUCCUUGUGAUUGCAUUGCUUCUUGGGCAUAUAUUCCAUGCAACUAUGAAUAGAAUUGCCAGAGUUGAGGACGAUUACCAUGAGAUGAUGGAGCUCAAAAGACGGGCUGAGGCUGCUGACAUUGCAAAAUCACAGUUUCUUGCCACUGUUUCUCAUGAGAUCAGAACCCCUAUGAAUGGUGUUUUAGGAAUGUUGGAUAUGCUCAUGGACACUGAUCUUGAUGUAACUCAACGAGAUUAUGUCAGGACUGCACAAGCAAGUGGGAGAGCUCUGGUUUCACUUAUAAAUGAGGUUUUGGACCAGGCAAGGAUUGAAUCUGGUAAGCUUGAACUUGAGGCGGUGCGGUUUGAUCUUCGGGCAAUUUUGGAUGAUGUUUUGUCACUAUUUUCUGGAAAAUCCCAGGAAAAAGGAGUGGAGUUGGCGGUUUACAUCUCUGGUCGAGUUCCGGAAGUGUUAAUUGGUGAUCCAGGAAGAUUUCGGCAGAUCAUUACCAAUCUCAUGGGGAACUCAAUUAAAUUUACAGAGAAAGGACAUAUAUUCGUUACUGUCCACCUUGUUGAGGAGGUGAUGAAUUCAGUAGAUGUUGGGAUGGAGUCAUCAUCUAAGAAGACCCUGAGUGGGUUGCCUGUUGCAGAUAGAUGCCAAAGCUGGAGAGAAUUCAAAAUUUUCAAUCAGGAAGGACUUAUUCAUCCUUUCUCAUCAUGCUCUGAUUCCGUUAAUCUAAUUAUAUCCGUUGAGGAUACUGGUUCAGGGAUCCCAUUAGAGGCCCAACCUCGUGUUUUCACUCCCUUUAUGCAAGUGGGUCCUUCAAUUUCACGGAAACAUGGGGGCACGGGUAUUGGGUUAAGCAUAAGCAAAUGUUUGGUUGGUCUCAUGAAUGGGGAAAUUGGGUUUGCGAGCAUGCCUAAAAUUGGUUCCACCUUUUCCUUUACAGUUGUCUUCUCUAAUGGCUGCUUCAAUUCAAAUGACUAUAAGAGCCAGCAAAUCAACAACCAGUCUAGCCCUGUUUCCUCAGAAUUUAAGGGCAUGACGGCAUUAGUUAUUGACCCUAGAUCUGUUAGGGCCAAGGCUUCAAGAUAUCAUAUACAACGGCUUGGAAUCCAUGUUGAAGUAGCUUCUGAUUUGCAUCAAGGUUUCUCCAGCAUAAGCAGCAGCAAUAAAAAGGUUGAUAUGGUCCUUGUUGAACAAGAAAUAUGGGAUGAGGAUAUGGGUUCCUCUACUCUCUUUGUCAAUGAAUUGAGAAAACCUGGUCAUGGGGUUCCUCCAAAACUGUUUAUUCUGGCUAAUUCCGUCAGCUUUACACCUCCCAUUGGAGCCACUUCUGGUGCUUAUAUCCCUACUGUCAUCAGAAAGCCCCUGAGGGCGAGCAUGCUAGCUGCAUCUCUACAAGCAGCAAUGGGGGUAGGGAACAAGGGGACUUGUCGCAAUGGAGAAAUUCCAAGCUUAUCUCUCCACCAUCUUCUUCGGGGAAGAAAAAUUCUAGUUGUAGAUGACAAUGCUGUGAACCUAAAAGUGGCUGCUGGUGCCUUGAAGAAGUAUGGUGCUGAUGUGGUCUGUGCAGAGAGUGGAGAAAAGGCAAUCAAAUUGCUUAAGCCCCCUCAUCACUUUGAUGCCUGCUUCAUGGAUAUCCAGAUGCCAGAAAUGGAUGGGUUUGAUGCUACAAAGGCAAUUCGGGACAUGGAACAAAAGACUAACGAUUGCAUUCAAUUUGGAGAAGUCUCUGCUGAAGCUUAUGAGAAUGUUACAAAUUGGCGUGUGCCCAUAUUGGCCAUGACUGCAGAUGUGAUCCAGGCUACGCAUGAGCAAUGCUUGAGAUGUGGAAUGGAUGGAUAUGUCUCAAAGCCAUUUGAAGCUGAACAACUUUAUCAGGAAGUAUCACGUUUUUUCCAAUCAGCUUCUAGUCAGAAUCAAUAGUGAUAACUCAUCGAGGCUUUUCUUUGAUGACGUAUAAGCACACAAGCACCUUUGUUUCCAGGUGCUUUGGAUGCUAAAACGGGUUGAAAGAUUUUGCCCGAGAGUGAGUACUCUAUUUUGUUUGUUUAUUUAGUUUUUUAUCCUAAGUUAUUAUGCUUGGUUCACUCAUUUUACUUGUUCUGCUAACACUGCGUUUGGAAAGGAGGGAAAGGUUGAAUAACAGAAAUUUUUGUAUCCAAUGGCUAUCCUUUCCAUUGGAUGAAGCAACUUCCCGUCUUUCCACCAUUCCUUGCAACUGUCCAUCAGAAUUAUUUCCUAACUUUUGUUGUACUCUUCAAAAUGCUUUCGUUAGUUUUACCCAUUCACUGACUUACCCUGUUUGAAAUUUCUCCAGGAAAAUUCUUUGUUUUGUCAACACCGUGUAUAUACAAGCAAAUGCCUGAUUUGGUGGGGAUUGAAUAUCCCUUGAUCGCUCUAUGAGCCAGAUGGCACGAGUAUUCAUUUUAUCUUGUAAUGUUGAUCUCAUCUCAUUCUCCAUCCUCCUUGCAUUGAGGUCUUUAAUUUGAGGACCACCUGCAAGCAAACACUCUCCCUAGAAGUACUGCGGAUCUGUAACUGCUGCUUGGAAAAGGGACUGGGAGGGAUCCAUUGAUCCAGCACUCUGUUGUAUCAUAGAAGCUCUCCGGGGCAGCAUCAUCUGCCCCAUGUAAGAAUAACACUUGCCAUCACUUCAAGAGAUCUUUUAUUUUAUUUUAUUUUUCCACUUUUUGGUUUUUUUUUGUUUUACCCUAGAUAUCAGUGUUUGUAUUAUAGAGAUUGGUAUAGUCAAAAGUAUGAAAGGUAGCAGCAGCUCAGCAACAGAGGGGAAACGCGUGCAUUUUGUAUAUUAAAACGUCAAUAAAGAUCGCUGUCAAUCCUAGCCAUUUUGUUU